AUAACCAUCUAAUAUGCAUAUUGUUAUUGUUUUGACACUCUUUGUUCUCGUUAAAAAAGGCGUUCUUUCUACAGAUUUUUGAGUUUUCUAACUUUAAAAUGACCUUUAGUCUUUAAAAUGAAGACUGUACUAGGAUAAAUAGCAGGAUUAUACUUAUAAGAACACAACUUUUGCGUUGUUUAUAAUACGUCCUGAAAUGUAUUAAAAGAAAUGCCUUGACAGAAGUAAGUUAAAUGAGGAUGCAGAAUUCGGCACUACAUUGCAGGGACAUUCCGAUGCGACGCAAGGUUUGUACAAUGAAUGGCUCCAAAAUAGACCCAGAGUAAGGAAGAAGAUUAAGAAGAUUUAAUAAAUCCAGCUUCGCAGGUAUGGGUCCCUCUAAGAUGGUCUUGGUCUUGGUUCUGGUCCCUCUCUGGCCCCGGGUCUGUAGCGCCCCCUGGACCGGCCUCUGCCCCGACAUGUGCAGGUGUGAUACUAAAGACGAGAAGGAUCUAACCGUGAACUGUGUGGAGAGAGGGCUCAGCAAGGUGCCUGCUAAUCUGAGCCAGUUUACCACUAUUCUAGAUUUGAGCAUGAACGUGGUGAAGGAGCUGCCGGAGCGCGCUUUCGGUCAGAUGUGUUCACUGCGAGAACUGCGUUUGGCAGGAAACCGUCUGCAGCAGAUCCACUCUGAGGCCUUCUCUGGACUCCACACACUCACUACACUGACUCUCCAUGACACUGGACUGAAAACAGUUCCCUCUGAAGCUCUGAAUGAACUGAAGAAUCUGCAGUCUCUUUGCUUAGAUGCAAACCGUCUCUCCGCUGUGCCCUCGCUCUCCUUCAGGGGUCUCUCUUCUCUGCGUCUGCUGCGUCUGGAGGACAACCAUCUGGAGCAGACACCGGGGGGCGCUCUGGCUCACGUGCCCAGGCUGCAAGCUCUGUCUCUGGGCAUGAACCGGCUCAAGGUCUUGUCUCCACGGAGCUUCCACAGACUCACGGAGCUGCUGCUGCUACAACUCCAGCACAAUCAGAUCCACUCACUCAGUCCCACCUGCUUCUAUGGACUUCACCAACUGCAGACACUAGACUUGAGCUUUAACAGACUGCACAGCUUUCCCUCGGCGUUCCAGCUCCUGACGUCCCUCCAACGACUAAAUCUCCAGAACAACUGGAUUAAUUUUAUCCCUGAAAAUGCUCUGAGAGGAAAUCCAUCACUGAAGAAACUAAUUCUGCUGAACAAUCCUCUUUUUGUGGUUGGACGCAUUUCUAAACUGUCCAAGCUGCCGUCGCUAGGAUUCUCUGAGAUUUCACAGAAAAAUCCAGAACCUUUCCAUCAAUUGUCAAACUAUAACACACAGGAGUCUUGUGAAACGCAGGAUUCCUUUUGGGUGCUCUCUCUCCUGCUCUUCAUCACUCUCUUCCUCACUGCUGGAAUUCUCACCAGGACCAUCCUCUUUAAACUCAAAAUCAAAUAA